UUUUUCGUCCUUUUCUUGGCUUAUCCCCAAAAGCGGAAAGUUUAGGGCAGAGCGACAAUCAGACCCAUCCACUGUGCCCCAACACGUGCAGGGCUGCGAGGGCGCCCGUUCCUCCCGGGACCCCUAGCGGUUUCUGGUACGCCUGUAUGGACGUAUCUUCCCAGAGUGAAAGUUGAUGUUUAGCCAUUCCGAAGUUGGUGCUUUGUGGGAAGGAGAACAGCGGGAGAGCCGUAAGGAAUGCAGGCGUCUUAACGCGCGGAACGCCUCUUAACACGCCCCGUGACAUGGAGUUUGACAGGGCCCUGGAUCCCUGCGUUCACCCCUCCUGGAGUCCUGGACGCCCACCUAGGAGCAGCGUCAGGGCCGUGCCACUUUGACCCACGUUAAACGCAUUGCAUCCUCAUUUCUGUGUCCUGUCUAGAUGCUUGACUCAGUGAUGCAGAACUUUCAGGGUUAGCUGGAAGCCACAGCCCAGCCUCUUGAUGCAGCCUGGAUCCAGCCGGUGUGAAGAGGAGACCCCUUCCCUCUUGUGGGGUUUGGAUCCUGUGUUUCUAGCCUUUGCAAAACUCUACAUCAGGGAUAUCCUGGACAUGAAGGAGUCCCGCCAGGUGCCAGGUGUAUUUUUGUACAAUGGACAUCCAAUAAAACAGGUAGAUGUCUUGGGAACCGUCGUUGGAGUGAGAGAAAGAGAUGCUUUCUACAGUUAUGGAGUGGAUGACAGCACUGGAGUUAUAAACUGCAUCUGCUGGAAAAAGUUGAAUACUGAGUCUGUGUCAGCUGCUCCAAGGGCAGCAAGAGAGCUCAGCUUAACCUCGCAACUUAAGAAGCUACAAGAAACCAUUGAGCGGAGAACAAAGAUAGAGAUUGGGGACACGAUCCGAGUCAGAGGCAGUAUCCGUACAUACAGAGAAGAGCGAGAGAUUCAUGCCACCGCUUACUAUAAAGUGGACGACCCAGUGUGGAACAUUCAAAUUGCAAGGAUGCUUGAGCUGCCCACUAUCUACAGGAAAGUUUAUGACCAGCCUUUUCGCAGCUCAGCCCUAGAGAAAGAAGAGGCACUAAGCAAUCCGGGCGCCCUGGACCUCCCCAGUCUCACGAGUUUGCUGAGUGAAAAAGCCAAAGAAUUCCUCAUGGAGAACAGAGUGCAGAGCUUUUACCAGCAGGAGCUGGAAAUGGUGGAGUCUUUGCUGUGCCUUGCCAAUCAGCCUGUGAUUCACAGUGCCUGCUCUGACCAAGUGAAUUUUAAGAAGGACACCACUUCCAAGGCAAUUCAUAGUAUAUUUAAGAAUGCUAUACAACUGCUGCGGGAAAAAGGACUUGUUUUCCAGAAAGAUGAUGGUUUUGAUAACCUGUACUAUGUAACCAGAGAAGACAAAGACCUGCACAGAAAGAUCCACCAGAUCAUUCAGCAGGACUGCCAGAAACCAAAUCACAUGGAGAAGGGCUGUCACUUCCUGCACAUCUUGGCCUGCGCUCGCCUGAGCAUUCGCCCGGGCCUGAGUGAGGCUGUGCUGCAGCAGGUUCUGGAGCUCCUGGAGGACCAGAGUGACAUCGUCAGCACAAUGGAGCACUACUACACGGCGUUCUGAGCAGAGACACGCAGACCAGCUGAGGAGGACAAAGAUAAGGUGGCGUUCACUCCCAGGCUCUGACUUUCAACAUCAUGCAGGGGCUUGUCUGUCUGGAGGCAGUUACCUCAUAAUAAACUAUAAAAUAUGGUCAUUUUGGGAAUGGGAUUUGGCAUAAAUGUGGUUGGCUGCCUUCUGUCUGCUGUGUCCUUGGGGUACAAUGACUUUGAUCGCAGCCAUGACACAACAAGAAAACCCUCCCAGUUGACCUCCUGGCUGGACUGCGCAUUGUUCGCAGAGCAGAAUGGGGCGGAAACAGUGUUGGCAGCUUAACUGAUGUGUGUGGUUGGAGUCUCUACCAUGGCAAAGGGACACCACAGGGUAGUGAACAUUCAGGAACUGAAGGGCAUGUGGCCUGAUCACACAGUUCCAAGCUUUUCAAAACUUCAGGUUAUCAGAGACCUUCCUGUGGGCCUCUCUUGAUGGCUAAGAACCAGUUUAGGGGAGUAGUUCUCUCUGGAUGAGUGUCACUUGCUUACAGUUUCUGUGACUCAAGUACCAGCAGUGGGGUUGAGACCUGGGUUGAUGUUAUUUACAAGCCUGCCCAGAGAUGGGAAUAAACAGAGAUCCACGGCAUGACUAUAUGUUUGUCAUUUUCCUUUUAUUUCCUUGGGAAUCGAAAGGUGUCCCAGUACAUUUCCCUGCACUUGCAGAGGUGCAUGACUAAAUACAUUGUCCCUCAAUGCCCCUGAAGAUCACAGAGGCAGUCAGCCAAUUGCCUGGCAGGCAGUAGAUGUUAUUUUCAGGGUUGCCGCUGAGUGUGCAGGAUGUGCUGACACCAUCCAGACAAAGACUCGGUAUGUGCCCAGACAGGUGAUGGAGUCAUGCUUUUGCUCAGAAUGACAAGGUAAAGGAAAAACAUCUGAGGUAUGUUGUAGGCCUGUUCUGACAGCAAAAUGACAAAUCCAGCCAGCAAAAAUAAAGUGUGGAGAAAGAUUUGGAGUUAAUUACAGUCAUUUAACAGAAGGCACUGCCUUCGUCUGCCGCAUUUGCGCUUGAUGUAAUAAGCUCUUCGUGGCUCAGCUGGAGAUCCUUUAGGCCUGGAGAGUUGCUCCUCUCUCCAUGGAAACAGGACAGUCUUUAUACACAGAAGUCCUCUGCAGCUGGAUAUGUCAGGCUGAGAGCUAGGACCAGUGGAUUGCCUCCUGUCAUAGACUUUUGGCAAACCUGUGCUGAUUUCUGAAAGUGAUUAUGUGGCUGCCCUGCAUCUUCUCUGUGUACAGAAGGGUCCCUAGAAUAGAGUCUGCCUGGAAUGAUGUCCUGGGCAGUUCUUCCUUGAGGUCAGCAGCUCUUCCACAUGGAAUGCGUCUUUGAUUAGUGGGGCUGCCCAGCAAGGAGUCCAGAAUCAGAAGGUAAAAAGGGCAUACCCUUGCCUACAGCAACUCUGCUCUUAGGGUUUAUCUCAGGGAGAUGACCACACCAGUGUGAAAGGAUGAUUGCACAAGAUGCUCAUUGCUGUGUAAUCUAGAAUUCUAUAUUGGGGAAAAUAUCUAUAGGGAAAAAGUUAAUUACGGUUCUUAGGCACAGUGAAAUGCUAUGCAGCCAUGAAAAAAAUGAAUGCAGACAGUGUUGCCAUGGCAUACUGUCCCCAGUAGAUUUAGUGGCAAGUAGAUAGAGUUAUAGAUCUGUUUCUAUAGGAUAACACCAUUAUCUACAGCUCCCUGCGUGUAUGUAUAUAUCCGUAGAGAGAAUGUAUAUUUCUGCAUGGAGGUCUUUAUAAAUGUAGCACAUGUGUAUAUAUACAUACAGUCGACCGCUCCCUUCUCCUGGAAGUACUUUCCGCAUUGGGCUUUCAGGACACUGAGCUCUCUGGUUGCUCCUUCUCGGGUUCCUUUGUUCAGUGCUCUGCCUCCCUGAGGGCUCAGUCCCAGACCUCUUUUCUAUCUGGCUUGCUCCCUGGGGGGUCUCCAGCAACCACAUGGAUUAUACCAUCUACAUGCUGUCCAACUCCUCAAUUUAAACCCAAAAUGGGCCUCUUCCCUGAACUGCAGACCCCUACAUCCAGUUUGCUACUGACAUAUCCACUUAGGUCUCUAAUGGACAUCUCAAACUUCAUAGGCCCAAAGCCAGGCUCCCAAUUACUCCUGACCCCAGGCUUGCUCCUGAUAGCAACAUGAGGCAGCCAAAUGCCUAGGCAGAGAGGGGCGGGUCCCAAAUGAAACCCCACGUUCAAGUGAAGAACAGCCUGAAGGCUAAAAGACCAGACUGCUGGUCCUGGAUGAAACCCACCACCCAGAGUGGAAACUUCUGUUCCUGUUUGCCUACCCUUUCCCAAUCGAUUCUUUCUGAAUAAACGCCUUAACCAAUCGAAUGUUGCCUUUUCCAAUAAUACCUAUAGCCUGCCCCUCCCCCAUUCUGAGCCCAUAAAAAGACCCAGACUCAACUGUAUUAGGGGGACUUUCCCGCCUUUGGGUAGGGGGACCACCCCCGUGUCCCCUCUCUGCUGAAAGCUGUUUCAUCACUCAAUAAAACUCCCAGCUUUGCUCAUUCUUCCACUGUCAGCACAUUCUCAUUCUUCUUGGGCGCUGGGCAAGAACUCAACCAGUGUGUAAGCCAUACUUCGCCCAGGCGGGUGAAGUGGGCGGGCCGUCUCCUGCAGCAGGUAGCAUUAUCAAGCAAGGCCCAGGCGGGGAGUCACCAGCCAGAGGUCCCUGGCUUGCAAAGUAACCGAGAAAAAAAAUGCUGCGCCACUCCUUUGGAAAAUUUCCCUGAUUCAGGAAGAGGCAGCUCCAUCAUCCAGUUGCUCAGACCGAAUCCGUUGGCUUCUUUCUAUCAUACCUCACAUCCAAUCUGUCUGUAAGUAAUUUGGCUCUACCUUCAAAAUAUCUCCAGAAUCUUAACUGCUUCUCCCUCCUCCCGGCCUCCUGACAGUUCUCCCUGCUUCCACCCCGGCCCGUCUUGGGCUGUUCACAGCACAGCAGCUGCUGCCACCCUGUUACGCUCCCACUCUCCUACAGCCUUUGGUCUUGCCCCAGGUAGGAGCCUGAGGCUGCACAGAGGUCAGCACAGCCCCGCUUGCCCUGCUCUCCUGCCCUCCCAGCCCAGCUGCAUAGGCCUUGCUGCACACACGCCUCGGCAUAUUCCUGCCUUAGGGCCGGUGCUCCCACUGUUUCCUCUUCCCAGGUAAGCAAGUGAAGUGCCUCCUUCUGCCCUCUUUCCAGUCUUUACUUGAGUGUCACCUUCUCGGCAAGGCCUGCCCUCAUUCCUCUUUCGUUGUUUGUAACCUGCCUCCUGUCCCCCUUCCCAGAACUCCCUUUCCUACUUCAUUUUUCUUCGCAGUGUUUGAUACUGCCUAACACACUCCAUGGUUUCUUACUUGCCCUAUUUAUUAUUUUUCCCUAAUAGACAGAAUGUUCCAUGACGGCAGAAUUCUCUGUUUUGUUUCCUUCCAUGUCCCUAGCACCUAGAACAGUGCCUGACACAUCUCCUAAGCAAUACGACCAAUAAGUGUGUGUGUGUCUGGCUGCCUUCCAGCUGCCAGUGUCUGCCUCUGGGCUGCCAGUGUCUGCUUCCUGGCUGCCAGUGUCUGCCUCUUUCCUGAGGGCAGCGAUUGGGGGAGGUGCUUUCUCGCACGUCUUAGUAGGCUGUGCAGGUUGGACGUGCUCAGAAGUCACACCCCCAGGGAGCAGCCUCAGCCAACAGCACCUUAGGUAUAAAUGCCCCAGCUCCCUCGCCCUCAGGUAAGCAUUGCCAAGGCACAUGUUCCACACUCUUUUCCAGAGUUCCUCUGUGGGACUGAGCACCAUCCAUCCACCCACAGGAGCAGCUAACCUGAUAACUACCAGCCUCACCCUCCCUGCCUUACUUCCCUGUUCCUCUUUACCACAUGCUGACCUCCCAAAUGCAUUUCUUGCUUUCCGGUCUCUGUCUCAGGAUUGGCUCCUGGAUGAACACAAACACUGUGUUCACAAAUAUAUUUGGGAAAUGCUGAAUGAAUAAUUAUACACAUCAGACAGAUUACUAGAAAUGCUCACCAAAGGAAUGCACGUGUUACCUCUGCAUGGUGAGAUCUCAGGUGCUUUUUACCCCACAUAGCUAUCCUUUGGCAGUUUUAUAAUUAGCAAAUGCUCACCCUUCCACCGUCAGUACAUUCUCAUUCUUCUUGGGUGCUGGACAAGAAUUCAACCGGUGUGUAAGCCAGACUCGGCCCAGGUGGUCUCAAACUCCUGACUCCUUACAUAAUUUCUACCACACUCAUGUAACCUGAAACAUGAGUAAACCAAAAAUGAGGUAGGCCUCUGUCUUCUACAGCAACAUCAGAACUCUAAGAACAUGAGGGACUCUUAGAAAACUCUCUGGAGCUAACCACAGUUGGGUCACAGCUCAUGUACUGAAGACCAGCCAGAAGGUUCCCCUGAAAAGGAGGGAAACUGAGCAAACAUUCUCCAGUUCUCUUGGUGUGCACGUGUUUCAGGAGGUGUGAACCCCACAUGUAGCUUAUGUAGGCAGGAAGACAAAUAGUGCUACUGUCUGGUCAAGGAUUUGUUUGAAGAGCCAUGAUUAUCCCCAUAUGGUAAGCUACCAGUGCUCCGCAUCCCUGUAAGACACUUCUUUCUCAUUACUUUCUCCUCUGAUGGUGUGCCAGGACGCUGGUCGAGAGAAGCCAAGUGGAAAGAAGGCUGUUCAGUGACGAGGAACCUAAGACUUAGUGCCAAGGACUGAAACCAAGUAAACUUGUAAUUUUCCAUGAUGGAAACAUCUACGCUUUCUCAUUAGUGGCCUUUACAGCAGUUACCCCAAAGAAGUGUCUCAUUGUUUUCUUACUACAUUUAUGUGAAGCAUACAGGCAAACUCAGAAAGACUGUGAUAAGACUCACCAGAGAUAACUGCACAGGUGCUGGGGGAAAAGCAGGACCAUCCUGGAGGGAGAUGGUGUCUGUGGACAAAGAACUCUGCAGUGGUUCUUAUUUGCAUGACUUCCACUGGUGGAGGCUCUAAAUAUGAGCUCAAACUCCCACGUAAGUGAGUUUUCAUUGUAAUCCAGAAUUUUUUUAACAUCAGCCUACUUCUAUUGAACUUGCACUAUCAUCUGUUAGCCUCUACUAUAUUUAUUAAAUAAACCUAAAUAGGUAAAUCACA